AUGUUAAAUUUAUAAACUGUUUUAAAGGGAUUUGAUGAAAAUGGUUUAAAAUAAGACAGGUAUUGUAAUUAAGAUGAAAUUUUGAAUAAAUUGGAUAAUAUGGGUAGGAGAGAAUUUGAUCGUGAGAUUGCUUAAUAGAUAUUUGAGUAAUGUCGUCCAACAUAAUAAAAUUUGAAAUUUGUAUACAGACUAGCAGAUAUUAGUUAAACAUUGGUAGAUGCUAGUUUAAUAUUGAGUGAAAAGAUAAAGAAGGCAGAAUAGUAAUUAAAGUUAAUUUGUUAAAACAAAGCAAUUUGCGAGAAAUAAUUAUCUGAAACAUGUAUAUUUUAUAUUAAUCAUUAGCUGUUUAUUCAGAUACAAGAUAUUUAUUUUUGACAAUAUUGUCUGCUAAAAAUAUACCUUUAAAGUUAAAAUACACAAAUUGUUACUUAUAAUUAACUUUGGGUGUUACAAAUUAAAUAGCAAAGCCAGAAUAAUAAUAUGAUAGAGUAAAUCCAGAAUUUAAUUAAGAUUUUGAAUUGUAAUGAAAUAAUUGUUAAAGUUAAUUUUAAGUUCAAUUCCUCCAUUGAUAACAUCACUUUUGAUUUAGUUUUACAUUUAGACUAAUUCUGCAUCAACAACUGUAUGGGGAUAAGCAUAAUUACAAAUUCAAUAAAUAGAUGAUUAAGCAGUAAAAGAAAUGGAGUUAUAAUUGAAAGAUCCAUAAGGAAGAGAACUUGGUUCUACUAUAGAAUUAGAAGCUUAGAUAGUAUUAAAUAAAGUAUAAUUUAAUAAAAAUAGUUAGCAUUAAUAUUUACAAACUUAACUUUAAAAAUUCGAUUCAAAAAUAUAUACUUUGGAAAAUGAUUUGAAUGAGUAUAGAACAGAUUUAGAUGUUGUUGAAAGACCAUUUAAAAUAAAAUUAGUUAAAGAAUAAAGUUUUAAAUAAUAAAAGAAUGAUUCGUUUGAAUAAUUUAAUUAAGAGUAAGAUUAAAUAAAUGAAAUUGAUUAAUAACAUCCAAUUUAAUAAUAGGUUCCUGAACAUAAUUAAUAAUUAUUAUCUGUAUUAUAAUCAGAAAAACACUUAGAGUAAUUUGAUGAAACACCAGAUGCUCCUGAAAUUUUGUAACAUGGUGUUAUAAUAUUCACUAUUUAUGGUUUAAUAACAUUAUUUGUUUGUUCUGCUAAACCAUCAUUUUUAGAUGUCAUUAUUCAAUUAUUAUUAAAGGUUUUAGUUUGUCAUGGUCUUAUGUUUACUAUAUUUAUGGAUAGAUUUGAACCAUUCCAUUUGAAACUAGUUGGAGGAGGUUUAGUUGCUUCAAUAUUUUAUGAUAUUUUAUGGAUGAAAUAAUACCAUGUAUGUAUGAAAGAUCUCAUUUCUAGUUAUGGUGGUAAAGUGAUGAUCAAAAUAAUCCAGAAUGGGGAUUGAAAGCACUUUCCUUUUUAAGAUUUGUUUUAAUCUUUACUUACAUUUAAUUCUUAUACAAAGUAUUCUAAUAUUUAUCUUAUUUCUAGUUUAUUGUCUGUUACUAUUUAUAUUAAUUUCAUAGAGAAUCUAUUGACCCCACUAAAAGAUAUAUCUUUACAAUUUGGAGAAUACAAUACAAAGUAGGUAAAAGUAGAGAUAGUCUAUACUUAUAAUGA